AUGCGGCAUUGCCGAGAAAUUUCUAGAAAUGGCGUGGAAACGGGGAGGCGUUCGCCACCCUACAACCUCAUUUCGAGUGGGAAACUGAGGGAUGGGGUUACGCGGGAGGCAUCCAGGCACCAGAUUGCCGCAUUGCAGUAUUCGCGUGAACUUUCUCGAACUUUCUACGUGUCGGCGGACUUUAGUUCGAACGCUUCCAUCGUUCAGUGCUUCUUGAUAGCAACUGCUGCGUUUACUGAAGCUGUAACUUUCAUCACGAUGGAACAGGAUUUUGAAAGCCUCAAGAGGGAGAUCCGCGAAAGAUUGUUGAAGUCCAAGGACGCAGUCUCGGCCUUUUUUCGCAAGGACCUCACGAUGGCGUUGAAGAUUCUAACACUGAUGGAAAGCAGCGAACAUUUCGUUAGCUUGGCGAAAUAUGCAGAGGGCAGGUUGACGCCCACCAUUCACCUAAAUACCGAUAAAAUGACAGCUAUUGCCCAUUCCAUAGACCGCAAAAUUUUGAAGCGACAGCAAAGUCACCAAAGACCACAGAGGGGAAGCAACCUGAAAAUGGCAAUUUUUCAAAUGUCAGACUCCGAAGCGCAGAUGGAGAUAUUUGAUGCAACGACCAAGCUUUUUAAGGUGGUUCGGAUCCUUCGUUUUACGAAGGAUAUGGGUGAAUUCCUGCAUGCCGCUGUGCAAUCCGACAAAUGCUUCUAUCAUUUCAAAAAAUGUAUUAAAAUCUACGAAAGAAAAAAUUGGCUCAGAGAAGAAUUUAAAGAUAUAUUUAUCGACGGUCUGAAUGAUGGCCUGAGGGAUUACGACAAUUUAGCUAAGAUGCUAUCUUCACGCUUUUACGACAUUCUCCUUCCUUCAAUAUGCACAGGGAAGGUUGCUCGUGAAGGGAAAUACACCUUACUGGACCCAUCACGCUUACUAUGCCUCAUCAAACGCUGCGCUGUCGCGUCAGCUGCGUACCACCACGCUGAUGACAUGGAGGAUUUAAUGAGGGAGGUGUCAAGCUUAUGCUCCUGGGAAAUCACGUGGGCUAAUGCGUCCGUUAUUGAGUAUGUAAAGAGACUAGUUGGAAUACCAGUGAAUGAGCCGGAUAACAUCAUCAACGGCAUUGCCCAUUACGAGAUUCCGGGAUGUCGUCUACUGGUGCCAGCCAUUCCCCUGCUCUACAUGUGGAUCACAGUGUGCGCUCGCUUAUCAGACUUUGACAGCACUUACAAAAUGCUCAAGUUGGCCCUUACAUUCGAAAACAUGCUCAACAAUGAAGAACCUCCGCCGGCUAAUCUGAGGGAAAAGAGGGCUUGUUUGUUCUACCUAACAGGAUGUUGCCUGAGUAAUAUGGGUCUAACUAUACCAGCUAUAAUGAACCUGCGUUGCGUUAUCAAGCUCAGCCAGACUUUGACCAACCACAAGUUUCUGGCUUCGUACGCGAUGUUGGAAAAGGCAAUUUGCUACAAAACUCUCGGCAAUAUACAACGUGCUGAAGAAUUACUGAUGACGGUCAGGAAUGAUGACAUAGAACCAUCGCCCGAGCGCGAUAUAAUGAUCCGUGUGUACACCGCAGCGCUGGCACGAAACACCAGCAACAAU